AUGCGCAAGACUCUAUACAGACCCCACCUCUCAGCUGGUGCCUUAACUAUGGCCACGCCGUCCUGCAGGGCAUUGUCGAUCACUUCGCGAUGCAAUUCAUCGAUGGCCCGCCACCCAAUCGUACAUCGUAGCCGCGCAGGCGCCAUAAACGGCUGCAUGCCGAUACGUGGCCACCUGUUUGGACGCUGCAGCUCUACCCUGCGGGGCACACCUGAAAUGCCAGCAUCAUCCUUCGGCGGUCGAGCAGAGGCCUCAGCCACAACAGGACCCAGCGCGGACCCAGAUCUCACCUACAUGUCGCCCGUCAUCUUCGCCCGCCGCACGCCAGAGGAGCGGCGACGCGAUGAGCUGGGCGUUCAGAAGAUUCUCGAAGUGGCAAAGGAGCGAGCAAACCAGGGCGAGAGCGAGGACGGGCUGCUGCGGUUCCUGGGCUACUACGGCAAGAAGAACCAGAGCCUGCGGUCCGGCUCCGCCCUCUACGCCAACGUCUUCUACCGCUCGCUCGACGAGGAAUUCUACGAUCUGCUGGGGUACGAGGAAAAGGGCCUGCUGCCCUGGUUUUUGAUCUCGACGCUGCACAUGUGGAUGACGUCCGUGCGGCUCCGAAAGGACGCAUCCAGCCGGGCACUGGACACGCGAGCGUAUUUCGCGGACAGCUUCUGGAUGGACGUCGAGGAAAAGCUCAACAACGUGGGCGUCAACUACGUGGGGAUGGGCAAGGCCUUCAAGCAGAUGCCCAACCUCUACGCCCAUGCCACGCUCUCGCUCGACAAGGCCCUCAAGUCCACCACCGACGACCAGCUCGGCGACGCGCUCUUCCGGCACAUCUUCUUCAACCGGCUGCCACGCCAGUUGAGGUGGGCGCCCUAA